AUGAUUUCGCAUCGUGUCUCGUUCGUUGAAGACCGGUUCAUUAUCAACACUACCAAGGUUGGAAAUGCAGAGCGUCUCGCAAUAGCCAGCCAUAUGCCGUAUCUAUCUAACGAUGAUACAUGCAUGUCCGCAGCGCCGGUAAAGGAAAUCACCCGGGAGAAGCUCAUCAUCAUCAUCGUCGUCGUCGUCGAGAUACAAGAAGCCCAUGCCCCGCCGGCUUUCUCCACGAAGACAGAUGCACGCCAUCUUCUCAACAGAUGUGAUCGAUCGUUCUUCCGUUCAGACCAGAAGCCCAAGUUCCCCAGGACUCAGGCGGACAUCAGCUUGCUCCGCAGCCGUCCUCCCCCUCCCCCUCUCGCUCUCGAAGUUAACAUACCAGAGAACCCAGAAGAGAAGAGAAAAGGGAGCUGCUUGUGCGUGCGCUUCUGCUUUUGUUUGUGCCCGACGACAUCGACGAGCCAGCACCUGCUUGCUACCCACCCACCCAAUACUCAAACCCGAGUAUCCACCGCCCAGCCUCCACUACCGGUAGUUCAGGCAAUUGCCGCGAACAGCGAGCGUAAACCUACAGUAGCUUUUAAACACGUCAACUACCGGUACCACGGUACAGGCCUAAGUAGUAUAAUUACAAACUUCGCCUCGAGAGGAGAUAAGAAAGACGACGAGUGGUCGGGGUCCAGCAACAGCGACUCGGAUGACAAUCCCGAUACCAACCCCGAUCCCAACCCCGACACCAAUCCCGAUCCCAAUCCCGAUCCCAACCCCGCUACCAACCCCGAUCCCAACCCCGCUACCAACCCCGCUACAAACCCCGCUACCACCAAGGCCAAGCAAGCAAGCAAGCAAAGCCUACUACUCAGCACAUCAGCAAAAACAAGAGGUGCAUAA